ACAAAACGGAAACACCCCCCUUGUAAAUUGCCUAAAGCUCUUCUUUUUCAUGUUUUCCUAAUUUCUGCAGCUUUCUUUGGUCAAAAUUCGUGUUGCCGAGCAGCUCCGCCAUUGGGUUCGCAACGAUGUCGGACGAGUUCGAGUUCGCCGAUAAGGGAAACAAGAUCUACGAAACCGAAGCCAAAGGGUUCAACCCUGGAUUGAUCGUGCUGCUCGUUGUUGGGGGACUGGUGGUGAUGUUCCUUGUGGGCAACUUUGUGCUUUACUACUACGCACAGAAGACACUUCCCCCUAGGAAGAAGAAGCCCGUAUCAAAGAAAAAGAUGAAGCGAGAGAGACUGAAGCAAGGGGUGUCGGCGCCAGGCGAGUAGGAAUUCGAGGUCCGGUUUCCUCUUUUUCUCCGUUUUAAAAACUGCUUGUUCGCAAUGUUCUCAAUUUUUCAUCUUGUUUGGUGUUCAGAACUCAAUAUGUUGAUUAGAAGUAAACCCUAUAUAUGGGGUAAAGACUAGGGAGUAAAAUACUGUUGUUUGUUAAGCGGACGUGCCUCAUUUCCUUUCUUUUUCUUUUUCUUUUUCACGCUUAUAUAAGCGUUCUUUCUUUUCCUAA